AUGGAGGUAGCUAUCGGGAACAUAUUUCAGGAUAUGAACCCCACUAUGAAAGGAGAAAUUACAAUGGAGAUGAUCGAAACCACCGAUCCUCAAGCACCUCUCAUUACCGGAUCAGAGAUGAAAGGAAUGGAAGAAGUGGGACUAGAGCAAACCAGACAUGUUGAAAGAAGCCAACAUAGAUCACCACCAAGAACAGUCUGGAAAGCCAAGAAUAGAGAAGGUGACCACAUGAGAUCGCCCAUAAGACAAAUGAGAGAAUUAUCUGAUUCAUCCAGAACCCAAAGACCUCCGAGAGAACUUACAGAAGUUGGGAGCAUUCCUAUAGCAGAACUACCUCAACAAGCCAUGGAGGUUGCUUUGGGAGAACUCCGGGAUGUUAUGAUUCAAUAUUCAAACUGUCCUGAACCAACAGAAAGCGCUGCAAGAAAGGAAAGAGUACGGUUUGCAGAAGAUACAGGGGAGCUUAAUGAAACUGCUGCAAAUAUGGUAAGAUCAGAUUUGGCUAGGCAAUCCCUUGUUGAGGAAGAACUGGAACCCAUGAGCAUGCCACCUGAAAGAAUACCAGCUACACUUAGGUUGGGACCAGCAGAUACAGAAUCUCUGGAGAGAAAAACAACCACUAACAAAGCUUUGAUAAAAAAGAGGUUGGGACGCCCACCCGGGAAAAAGAAAACCCAAUUUAGUCCGUCGGUGUUCCAAGGUGUAAGCUCAAAGAAAAGGAAAUAUUUUCAAGCACACGGAUCUCCAAAGAGAAGAGCACCUACAGAAACUAUCCCUCAUAUUGAGGAGAACGGCAGAUCAACAUACCAAAAAGGAUGA